GCGGCGGCGGCGGGAGGGGGUGUUAGAGCGCGGCCGCCCGGCCAGGGCGGCGGCAUGGGGCGGGUGCAGCUCUUCGAGGUCUUCCUGAGCCACGGCCGCGUCGUCUACAGCCCCGGAGAGCCGCUGGCGGGGGCCGUGCGCGUGCGUCUGGGGGCGCCGCUGCCCUUCCGAGCCAUCCGAGUGACCUGCACGGGUUCCUGCAGGGUGUCCAACAAGGCCAACGAUGCAGCAUGGGUGGUAGAGGAGGGCUACUUCAACAGUGCUCUGUCGCUGGCUGACAAGGGGAGCCUGCCGGCUGGAGAGCACAGCUUCCCCUUCCAGUUUCUGCUUCCUGCCACAGCGCCCACGUCCUUCGAGGGCCCCUUUGGGAAGAUUGUGCACCAGGUGCGGGCCACCAUCGACACGCCACGUUUUUCCAAGGAUCACCAGUGCAGCCGUGUGUUCUAUAUUUUGAGCCCCCUGAACCUGAACAGCAUCCCCGACAUUGAGCAACCCAACGUGGCGUCCACUACCAAGAAGUUCUCCUACAAGCUGGUGAAGACGGGCAGUGUGGUCCUCACUGCCAGCACGGACCUCCGUGGCUACGUGGUAGGGCAGGUGCUGCGGCUGCAGGCGGACAUCGAGAACCAGUCAGGCAAGGACACGGGCCCCGUGGUAGCCAGUCUGCUGCAGAAAGUGUCCUACAAGGCCAAGCGCUGGAUCUACGAUGUGCGGACCAUUGCAGAGGUAGAGGGUGCGGGUGUCAAGGCCUGGAGGCGGGCCCAGUGGCAAGAGCAGAUCCUGGUGCCCGCGCUGCCCCAGUCAGCCCUGCCAGGCUGCAGCCUCAUCCACGUGGACUACUACCUGCAGGUCUCCCUGAAGGCCCCUGACGCCACUGUGACCCUCCCUGUUUUCAUCGGCAAUAUUGCUGUGAACCACGCCCCGAUGAGCCCCCGAGCGGGCCCAGGGCUGCCUCCUGGGGCCCCAGUCCCCGUGGUGCCCUCGGCACCACCCCAGGAGGAGGGCGAGGCGGCAGCCAGCAGUCCCCCCUUUGCAGAUGCAGUCUCUCUCUCCACGAAGAGCCACUCACAACAGCAGCCAUUACCUGCCGCCUUUGGCUCUGUGCCUGGUGCCCCCGAACCCCGCCCUCAGGAUGGCAGCCCUGCUCCCCACCCAUUGCCCCCUCCCUUGUGCAUCUCCACAGGUGCCACUGUCCCCUACUUUGCAGAGGGCUCUGGAGGGCCAGUGCCCACUACCAGUACCUUGAUCCUGCCCCCAGAGUAUAGCUCAUGGGGCUAUCCCUAUGACCUUGCUCUCUCUCUGCAGAGGCUCCACCAUCGUAUGAGCAGAGCUGUGGCAGUGCAGAUCCCUGCCUGACGCCCGGGAACUGACCCUGUGCCGCCUUCUCCGGGUGGGCCGACCUUCGCCCUGGGACUGGGCACCCAGGGCCUCGUGCCUUCUUUGCUCCUGGCCUGACCCGGCCUGCUCAGGACCCGCUGCUGCCUGGCUGCUCCUAUCAGCCUCUGCCCAGGGACGAGCCCCUCCCAGGGGGGCUGAGGCCUGGAGAGAAGCCAUGUAAAUAAAGUGCUUCAUCCAUAGAGCUGGGCACAGGCCGGCCUCUCGGGCACCCUCCUCCUGCCUGGUGUGCGGCAGCCUAGCUGUGGGGGACCCUCCAGGGCACGCACCCCCCCGUCCUGCUCCUGUACCCCCUUCAGCCCUGGAAUCCUUCCUGUGGGCAGCCCCAUCCCCUCCAAGGUGCGUGCCCCUGACCUCUGUUCUGGGCCCUUACUUCCAGGUGCCUAGGGCUCAGAAGACUGACCCUGGGGAGCAGGACCAGCAGGGACUGGGUACCUUUAAUUUAGGACAGGGCUGGUGCUCUUCUGCUUGGUUCUACUUAAGAAUGUGCCCUCUGAGUGGGGCUUGCAUGUCUGGAGCCGUGGUGUUAAUUUAAAAUGUAUCUGUAACACGGGGAGACCACCCCUGUAAUAUUGACACACCUUGGGCUUGCUCGCCCAACCAGCACCUGUUGUCCCAGGUGAUGGCGUUCAGAUCUCCUGCAGCAGAAAUCCCAUGGGGAGUGAUGAGGUGGGCUUGCCCAAGUCCCUGCCCAUUGUGCUGUUCCUUUAUCCUUGGCCUCAAGUCUCAAGUCCCUGCCCUCACCACUGUCACCCACGUCUGGCUCUGAGGGAUACUGCUGCUCACCUCCCAUCCAAGUGUGAACACACAAGCCCACGCCUGCUCUCAAGGUCCUUUUCAAAUGCCUGUUGUUUGGGAUCCAAGGAACCCAAGAAAAAAUAAAGUCAGGGUUCAGCAGA